AAAUUAGUAAAUCCCCAAACUCUAAAGUGGCGCCCUAUAUCUCCAUCCUCUUCUUCUCUCGCCCGCUACUAUCUCGUUUUGCUUCCCACCUAAAUCGCCGCCGCCGCUCCACCGCCGUGCUUCGCCAGUUUGUCCUUGAGCUUCGUGCCUGCCUGCCGACCUCGGCCCGCCAUUGUUCUCCAUUCGUGUCUCCCAUUGUUUAAACUCUCCGCUUAAACCUCACGAUUUUGACCUCCCAUUGUUCUCCAUUCGUGUAUCUUUCACGAAUUUCGUGGUCUUCUUUUGAUGAGUAAUAGCUCUUGAAAAUUUAGACCCUCUCUUUAAUUUUUGCUUUAACCACAAUGCCAAAAGAUUCUUCUUCAUUGUGAAAGGGUGAAAUCAACUGGGCGCAGUGGUGGAAGAACGUAUGAGAAAAUGCAAGCUAUUGGAUUGUUAACGCGUAGGUCGGCUAGGGUUUUCAGAAACCCUCCGCCGAGUUUGUUCAACCUAGUGUCCAUGGACUCGUGUUGUGAGUUCAGCUCACUGCGCCGCGGCUUUCGCUCUGCUGCGUUUUUCUCAGGGAAUAUGCACGGAGGUUUUUCAAAUGUUGAAUUAUUUAGUCGAAAAGAUACAAUACAAAUCCCACCAGUAUCAAUGAUGGCAUCGAGCAGAUUGUUUUCUUCAGAAGCGCCAGAGAGUGGAAAUGCUUCUGCUGCAGAUGAGACAGUGAAGGAAAUAUAUGAUAAGUUGCUAGACAGUAUUGCAAAGAGAAGAACUGCACCUCCGAAUGCGUGGAUGUGGUCGCUCAUUGCUAAAUGCUCUACCACAGAAGAUAUUAAGCUCUUGUUUGACAUUCUGCCGAAACUUCGUGCUUUUAGACUCUCCAAUCUUAGGAUACCCAAUGACUUUAACAGCGCACUUUGUAGGGCAGUUACACAGGCUUGUGUUCGUGCAGGAGCUGUUGACGUUGGUAUGAAGGCACUGUGGAAACACAACUUAUAUGGAUUGACUCCUGACAUUGGCUGUGCUCACCAGCUCUUGUUGCACGCUAAACAACAUAAUGAUGUGAAACUGAUGGUCAAAGUAAUUAAAGUUUUGAUGAAAAAUUAUAUACCUUUGCAACCUGGCACGGCGGAUAUAAUUUUCAGCAUAUGUUGUAACACGGACAGAUGGGAUCUGAUAUCGAAGAAUGGGAAAAGGUUUGUCAAAUCAGGAGUAAGCCUCAGACAGACUUCAUUUGACAUGUGGAUGGAAUUCGCUGCCAAAAAAGGAGAUGUUGAAUCCUUGUGGAAGAUUGAGAACUGGAGAUCACAAGCUAUGAAAAAGCAUAGUGUUUCGACUGGAUUUUCCUGUGCAAAGGGUUUCCUUCUUGAGCAUAAGCCCGACAAUGCCGCUGCUAUCAUUCAAGUGCUUUAUCAGACUGUUUCUGACCUCAAAAGGCCAUCUAUCACGGUUGAACUUCAGAAGCUAGUUAGCGAAUGGCCUUUGGAUGUUAUAAAGCAUCAAAAUGACGACAACAGAAAGGCAUUUGCUGCAGCAUUACAAACAGAUAUCUCGGAGCUGAUCAGUGCUCUACAAAGCUUGGGUGUGAGAGAAAACGUCACCCUGGUGCAGUUUGGCGAAAACGGACCCAUCUCUGCUUAGAAGCCUUGGAUUUUGGUAUCAAAUGGCGAAGGGUUUUGCUACAAGACAGGCUAGUUGAAUUCUAUGAUCUCUGCUGCAGCAAGAAAUUUUGACAGUACUCUUACAAAUUCCAUCGUUUUCAGAUCAACAAUUUCAGCAUAACCGCAAAUCCAAAAGCGAAGUCUCUUUUACUAGUUGCACAAGCGCAUAAAAUAACCGUUAUUAUGCUUUUCGAAAUGAUAAACUUUAUGAAGUAAUGAAAUUGCUAUUUCCUCAGCUUUUUUUUUUUCUCAUGAAAUAUUGUGACAUCCCAAAUAAUAUUGUUUUAAUCAUUUUGCAAGAUAGACCAAGAUUUUUA